AUCUGAUAUGAAUGCUUCUCUCUCUACUUUGCAAUGAGUAGGAAUUCAAGCCUUUUGGACCAGAACAUGCACUCCUCAAGCAAAAUAUAUUUUGAAGACCAUCCUGAGCAUCCCACCCCUCUACAUCUUGACUCCUCUCUGUCUGCACACUCAAAUGGAUCCCUUAUUUCCAUUCUCCUACGUAAAAACAUUGAUCGUAAAAGGACCCAGAAGGAAAACACAGUUUACCAUGUUCGUACCCCACACUCAAAUGUGAGUGAAUCUAGUGUGGUGGAACUCUGCUACAAUUCAAAAGGCGACACCGUGGAACCUUCGUCACCAGCUGGACAGAACAUGCUUACAGGAACCAGUGAUGCCCAAGACUGGCCUUUAGGUGACUGCCACCAAGCAAAGCGUGCCAGAGUGGAGAACAUCAUCAGAGGCAUGACAGGCUCGCCCGAAGGACAUUUUACAGAUGAAAAGGAAACAGGGCACCUUGAGGCACUGGAAAGCAUUCAGGAAAACAAAACCAAUGUGUUUCAGAAUCAAGACAAAAUUCACAGCAGAGGCAGUAGCAGUAAGAGUAUAGAAGGUCAGACCCUGAAGAAGCAACUUCAUACCAUGCAAAAACUCCUUGGACAACUCCAUGAAAAAUGUAUCCAAGUGUACAUGAGAAAUCAGUGCGACGAGAAAGUCAGUGAUGAAGCGAGCUCUACAGGUAUGUCUGAAGACAACACCACUUGGAACACUGCGUCUCCUGAGACAAUUACAAGUGAGGUGCUUACAGAUCCAUAUCAUGAGAUAGAAAUGUCUUCAGAUAUUACUUACCCUUGUUGGAAAAAUAUCAAACUGCUUGAGUACAUCCGUUCCAAACCAGAAAAAGAGAAGAAAAUUCUAGCUGAUACCUUGAAGGAUGAGCUUUCCAGAGCAGUGAAUACAACUGUCGACUCCAUUUUCAAAAACAUUGCAAAUACUGUACUCAUGUCGCCACCAUUACAAGUUGAGAAAGAUGGCGAGACUCACAACAAAGCUGAACACCAUAAUUCUUGCAAGCCGCCAUCCAGAAUUGAAAACAGCUUGAAAAGGUUUCAAGCAUGCUCUGCAAGUGCAAUGGGCAUCCAGCUACCAAACAUUCAGACAGAGGCGCUGUCUUUGGUUGUUGAAAAGGCUUCCAUGACAAGUCAAGGAAGAGUAAACAUGACAGGAAACAGUCAAGAUCAUCUUCAUCCUUCCCCUGUUUACAGCCAUCAAACUUUUCUGCAGGAAAAUCAGUUGCUGGAGAAUCUCAAACACAAUUCCCAAGGUACAUUUGAAGGACUACAAUGUAGGCAUCCUACCAUGGGUCAGUCCACCAUUGGAUUAGUUGACUUACCUUGGGAGCCAGUCAAGGUCAAGUCCAAAGUGACAUCAAGGCCUGUAAGAAGUCACCAAGCUCAGCCUCUGGCAAUGGAUCGUGUGGUUCUGGACAGACUUUGUGUACCCAAUGUCAAGAUGGAGUGUGGUACCUUGCAAAGUAUGUUGAAGAACCACUCAUAUGUGGUGAAUGAAGGUCUGACCACCAGCCAUUUGAAAAAAGCUAAGCUGAUGUUUUUCUACACUCGCUACCCUAGCUCUACAGUGCUGAAGACAUUUUUCCCUGAUGUACAGUUCACGCGCUGUAUCACGUCUCAGCUCAUCAAAUGGUUCAGUAACUUCAGAGAAUUCUACUACAUCCAGGUGGAGAAGUUUUCCCGCCAUGCCCUGAUGGAGGGAGUCACUAAUGUGAGAGAACUGACAGUGGGCAGAGACUCUGAACUCUUCAGAGCUCUUAAUAUGCAUUACAACAAAGGCAAUGACUUCCAGGUUCCUGACAGAUUUCUUGAAGUGGCUGGUAUUACACUACAAGAGUUUUACAUUGCUUUAUCACUGGCCAAAGACUCUGACCCAUCCUGGAAGAAGGCAAUCUAUAAGGUAAUCUGUAAAUUGGACAGUGAUGUGCCAAACGAGUUCAAAGCUCCCCUCACAUCAUAGUCAAAUGUAGAGCUUAGAAGUCAAAUUGGUCAAACUAUCGAGUUUGAUAUGCUCUAAAUGUACAGGUCCGUCGUGUUUGAGAGAGGACAUAA